GAGUGUGGAAAGAAACAGUCAAUGCAGGAGAAGACAUUUAUGCUUUACCUGGCUUUGAUGUCAACCUGACCUGCCAAACAUGAAAAAAAGACUUCUUGGUGCAGAUGCAACGGUCCAAGGUCACCAAUAAGGUGGACCUAAUUGCCCUUUAUCAACCUCAACAUGGCUUCUACAGUGCCAAUGAGAGUCCCUGUGAGUCACUGGUGACAUUCACAGAAACUCCUGGUAAUAUGUUAAAGUGGACUUUGCACUUAAGGAAGGUGUCUUCCUCACUCAGUGAAAAGUAUGAGUGUAGCUUUACUCUGUAUCCAGAGGGCACUCAGACUAAAAUCUACAACCUUCUAAUUCAGACAAAUGUGUCAUAGGCUGAGCAGGGAAGCGAUCCUACAAUAGAAAUAGAGAUAAAUAAGACUCUGGAAAUACCACGCUUUCAAAACGUCUCAGAAGUUGCGUCUGUGUUCACCUUUGCCUGGUCGGUGGCCCUCGGGAAAAGAGAGGCUAAAGUAAGUGCUUUCAAAGCUUAUGUCCCACGAAAGGAUACAACUCAUUUUGCCCAAAAUUUCGUGACUGAGUGCCUCGCUGCUCUUUCCAUCACCGAGCAUUUUGGAAAGCGCAGGUGUGGUUACGUGUUUGUGGAACGGCAGUUGUUGGUAUUGGAGGCUUUGGAAAAAGCCACAGGGUGGCGGCGUUGUCCGGAUCCCACGUGCAAGCACAGCUGCGUGUAG